UUUACCUUAGCCUAGGGACAUAAUCCUUUUAAACAGCAGAGUCCAGUUGGUGGAACGCCCCACGUGGUUAGUCUCCUGUAUAAAAAGUUUCAGUGUAAAGUGCCACAAUGUCGUGAUUGCAAGGGGGGGAAAACACGAACUGAAGAUUGUAUCUUCUUGCCAACGCGCUGAGAUACACAUCAGGACCCAUUUGCAGAUCGGAAAUUAAAAAUCACUUCUUUUUUUUUUUCAAACAAAGGCGGCAAAGAUCAGAGGUAGAAGUGGAUGGAGAUGGAAAAACUGGAUUCGGCAGACAGCAGCGAAAAGGGAGAUAUGAUUUAAAUGAAUUGGUCAUUUCUUUCCUCUUCUACAGUGGAAUUUCCUAUGUGUAACUGUAGUUGUGGUUUUUUUUUUGCGUCUUCUGCGCAGUGAGUGCUUUGUCACGCUGCUUGAGAAAUCUUUGUUUUUCCUUUUAAAAUGUGUAGCUUCUAGUCAUUUAUUUUUUCCUGUUGCUCAAACCAUGGCAUGACACGUCAGGCAUUCUCUGCUAUAAAGGGUGCUGAUUUGAAGACCUUCGGUCAAAAUAUACACACAUAUAUGUAUAGUGUACAUGUGUAUCGGUGGAAGUUUCACUUUGGGGCUGGUACGUUAAAUUGUUCAUUCAGUCAGGCAAAAACGGAGAACAGAGGACAAACACGUUGUAUUAGUUUCCACCUGAAUUUCGCAUUCAAAAUGACCAAAGAGUUGCAACCUUAGGGAGUUUACUAAGUGAAUGUUCGGAACUAUUAGCACAUUGGGCACGUUCGUCAGCGCUCUGUGGACUAAGUGGAUCUGAUUACUAUGUUCAACAACUGAAUAACUUCAUCAUAGCUAUUCUGAAAAAGUUAUUUCGGAUAUGUUUUAGCGUAGUGUAUCAGAACCUAACCUGAGAAGACGAACGUGUUGCUGCGUUUUGUGUUCACGUAUUAGAUUCUAGUGUCCUCGGGAAUACCUUUUUUGUUUAAAAAAAAUGAGAAGAUACAUCAUCAAAGUGGCCUGUUUCGUGGCUUGCGUUUUUACAAUCACAUGCACACCGACCCCGGGGACUGAGACUCAGACUGCGUCCCAGGAUACGUGCGCGUCUUGCGGUCUCGGGCAGCCGGAGGACGCGGGGCGGAUGGACAUAGAUUUCGUGGAAGCUGUUAAGAGGCAUAUACUGAACAGGUUACAGAUGAGGGAGAGACCCAACAUCACCCACCCCAUCCCGAAGGCGGCGAUGGUCACAGCCUUACGGAAGCUUCACGCAGGAAAAGUGCGAGAAGACGGAAGAGUGGAAAUACCGAACUUGGACGGCCACGCCACCUCCAGCAACGAGGUGCAGGAGCAAACUUCGGAGAUCAUCAGUUUCGCCGAAUCAGACGAGCUCUCAUCGUCGAAGUCCAGCCUCUACUUCCUGAUCUCAAACGAGGGCAAUCAGAACCUGUUCGUGACGCAAGCCAGCCUGUGGCUGUACUUCAGGGUGCUGCCGGCCGGCGCGGAGAAGGGCACGCGCCGGAAAGUGACGGUCAAGGUGUACGCGCCGGAGCCGGGCGCGGGCGCGGGCGGCCACUGGGACGUGGUGGAGAAGAGAGUGGACCUCAAGAGGAGCGGCUGGCACACCUUCCCCCUGACGGGGGCCGUGCAGGCGGCCUUCGAGAAGGGGGGCAGGAGGCAGGACCUGGACGUCCGCUGCGAGGGGUGCGAGGACGCGGCGGUGGCGCCCGUCCUGGUCCACCCCGACGACGAGUCGCACCGGCCCUUCCUGGUGGUCCAGGCGCGGGUGGCGGACAACAAGCACCGCAUCCGCAAGCGGGGCCUGGAGUGCGACGGCACCACCAACCUCUGCUGCCGCCAGCAGUUCUACAUCGACUUCCGGCUCAUCGGCUGGAACGACUGGAUCAUUGCCCCCUCGGGCUACUUCGGGAACUACUGCGAGGGCAACUGUCCGGCGUACAUGGCCGGGGUGCCCGGCUCCGCCUCCUCCUUCCACACCGCCGUGGUGAACCAGUACAGGAUGCGGGGCAUGAGCCCGGGGUCCAUGAACUCCUGCUGCAUCCCCACCAAGCUCAGCACCAUGUCCAUGCUGUACUUCGACGACGAAUACAACAUCGUGAAAAGGGAUGUUCCCAACAUGAUCGUGGAGGAGUGUGGCUGUGCUUGAAUUCGAUGGGACUUUUCACUCCACAGAAUCAACGCACAGCAGGAAAUAAAAAUAAAAAUAAUAAUAAUAAUAAUAAUAAUAAUAAUACAGAUAUUAAUGGUCACAAUUCAAGUAAUAUUUAUGAGCAUUUUGAUACUUUUGUAAUAUGUAUAUAAGGAUAUGUAUCAAUAUGUAUUUGUGUGUGUGUUUAGAUAGAUACACACCUAUGCACACGUACAUAUAUUUAUGUUUGUUGCAUCCUCCUGGUAGAAGGUUUUGUUGAACACGCCAGUCUCAGAACAAGUCCGUUCUGUAAUGCACCCUGAGGACGUGACGUCGAAGGGAUGAAAGAAGAAUAUCGAUCAUCAGAUUUUAUUUUUAUAGUCUACCUUUUUUAACAAUCCACAGAGAAUUCUUCUGUGUUCUGAUCACAACAGGGAAGACCGCAAGAAAGCCAAUGCAAGGGAUCUGUGGAACCAACUCCAGAUGCAGACCUGGCCUCUUUCUUGUGCUGGAGAGGGACAUUUAAAGCACUGACAACUUCUAGAUUUAUGCAACUUCAAUCAUACAGCACUUCCAAGAAGGAAUGCAGCUACAGGGUGGGACACAUGCUCCACUUAAGGGUCUACACAAUAUAAGAUAUUGUUUCCUUUUUCUAUAGCGUGAAUUCCACGUGGCCCGUUGUGAUGGAAUUGCACAUGGCUUGACAUUCAAACACUUAAAAUGUAUUUGGCAAAAGGCCUCAGUGCCAAGGGACUACUGUUCCAGGACAGUAAAGUACUUAAGCUAUUUAAAAAGCAUGCGUUCCUCCCUCAUGGACACAAAACCCCCACUGUGUGGAUGCAUGGAUAGUUGAUGCUGGGGUUUGAGCUGGACCUUAAAAUGCAUUGUUGCAAUUUCCCCUUGAGGUGGGAAAGUUUAGCACCCUAAAAUAUCAAAUAUACUUAAACUGCUGAAGCAGAGAACCUUUAUCUCUUCUGAAUCAGUGGAGAGAGUUGCCAUAUUGCUGAGUUGGUAAUGGUGUGGCAUAGCACUUGCAAACUCAAACUGAAUGCACACUUGAUAGCACUUGCAGAUUUAAAUGCCUUUAAAAGGGUACGGGAUGGAGCACAUACCCUUUCUCACAAUCCUACUCAAUAAGUGCCGCAUGAGCUAUGCAAUGUAAAGAAUUGACCCAUACCAGGCAAACUGAACUUUUGUAUGAGUUUUUAACUUUUUCAAUACUUGAAAUGUAAUCAUUCGCUUCUUCUUCAAAGUGAGUGACUUUUACAAUGUUUGCACUGAAAAGUUGCGUGAUUAGUUUAAAACUGCCAUUGAAAAAUGUUAUUUUUAUAGAAGCAAAUUGAAUUCUGUUAAAAAAUGUAUUAUACCUAAUACUGGAACCAAAGAGGCCAAGAAGUUAGCUAUUAUUAGAUGGCAAGGUUGUUUUGUAAAAUACUUUGUGAUCAUUUGUGAGGCCUAAACACUGUAUCAGGGUACAAUAUUAUGGAUUCCAUUUCUUUUCAGAUCAACAUUUUUUCUAUUUUUGUUCAGCAGACAAAUGGAAUAUCUCAGAAAGUGUCAUCCAAAUUAAAUCUUUCUUUUUUAUUUAAUAAAACCAAUUACACUUCUAGCUCCAGCUGCAGAAUCAUUUAGAAUCAAAAUAAAUGUCAUCGCUGUACAGUUCAUGUAAAUUAAAAAAGAUGCUUUUAAAAU